AUGCACACCCCUUCCCCAUCUGGAGGUCCCCAGCACUCGUACCUCUGCUCCGGACACUCGCUAGCUCCCAUAGCCGUGCUGGAGCACCACGGGGCUGCCUUGUGCCGCCUCCAGCUGGAGGCUGAGGGGGAGCAGAUGUCGGCCGCCUGCAGCAGCCGGCAGGAUCUGCACGUGUCUCCCCCCGGCCCAGGGUCUGUCGCGUUCCUGGGGCUGUACCUCGCGUUCGGCUAUGGCGCAGCGCUGCUCUGCAACCUCAUUGGCUUUGUCUACCCUGCAUAUGUCUCCAUCAAAGCCAUUGAGAGCUCCAACAAGGAGGAUGACACCACGUGGCUCACAUACUGGGUGGUGUACGGCGUCUUCAGCAUAGCCGAGUUCUUCUCUGACACCUUCCUCUACUGGUUCCCAUUCUACUACGCUGGGAAGUGCCUAUUCCUGGUGUGGUGCAUGGCCCCCGUGUCCUGGAACGGGUCGCAGGUGCUGUACCAGAACGUCAUCCGGCCCUGCUUCCUCAAACACCACCAGGCUGUGGACAACGUGCUCGGCAACCUCAGCACCAGAGCCCUGGACGCGGCUUCCAUCGUCACCCGAGAAGGUAACGUGGGUCCCUUGCCUCCUGCUCCCGGCCCUCACCGUCCGGCUCUGUGUCCGGGGCUGGACAGAGCGGGGCGUUCGCCCUGA